CCGGCAAAAAAAAGGCUGCCAAAUCUCGCUCUCUUUCCUUCCCCACCGUCUCCCACCCUCUCCCCACCUCGCCCUCUCAUAAAUAAAACGAGAGAAAAUAAAAGGGUAAUGCGUUCGGAGAAUAAAACCCAGAAGGAAACGAAUAAAAUAAAAAACAGCCAUAGGAAAUAUAGAGAGGGAUUGAGGAGGGGGGAUUCGAGCGCCUCUUGUUCGAUUUCUUGCCCUCCCCCGCCUCCGUCCUCUCGAUAUCGCCUUCCAGCCCUCGGAUCUCCCACCAGAGCGAUUCCGUGGUGUAACGCCUAAAAUCUUUUGCUCCGCUCUUCCCACUUUUCAGAUCCGAAAUUUGAAUCGGGUUUCGGUUUGAGCUUGAUUUUUAUCGGAGCUCGUGCGGAAUUAGCUUCAGAAAAGAGUUCGAGAUUGUAAAUUUUGGCAGCAGUUUAGAAAUAAAUGGAUACGACCUCACCGCCACCUCAUCCAGGAUAUACUGCUGCAGUUGCUUCCCCAAGCACACCCACACCUCGUCCUGAAAGGCGACCGACCCCGCCUGCUUUCUCUUCUCCAGUAACAACUAGAUUCUCUCCUCAGAGACCACCAUAUGAGCAGCCCCCUCUGUCUUCAUCCAGAACACCGAGCUCGCUGUCAUCUGGAGAUGGAGCUCAGACUGGUAGCAGUCCUGUUCCCCAGUUCAGUAAUCCUCCCGGCCCGCCCAUCUUCACUUCACCACUACGUCCAGCAGCUGUGCCUUUCCGGACAUCACCGGCAACUCCACAGCCAGUGCCUUUCUCUUCAGGCUCUUCUUUGCCCACAUCGUCUCCACCGCUUUAUUCUAAUGGAUCCUAUGAGUUGCCUGUGCACCACGCUGCUGGGGUUGAUGACUCCAGUUUUGAAUCGCCAUAUGUACUCUUUUCUGCUCACAAGGUGCUGAAACACAAGAAGCUAGCAAAUGUUCCAAGUCUGGGAUUUGGAGCAUUGGUCUCGCCUGGGAGGGAGAUUGCACCUGGUCCUGAGGUAGUACAACGUGACCCACACCGUUGCCAAACCUGUGGAGCUUUUGCAAACCUUUAUUCCGAGAUUUUAAUUGGUUCGGGGCAGUGGCAAUGUGUAAUUUGUAAGAAACUAAAUAGCAGUGAUGGGGAAUAUAUAGCCUCAAGUAAGGAAGACAUUCGACACUGGCCGGAACUUUCAUCCUCAGCAAUUGAUUAUGUUCACACUGGAAAUAAACGGCCAGGUUAUACUUGUAAAGCCUACAUUUUAUCGGGCUUGGGGCACCAGUCUGACUCAUGAAAAGGGGGAGGGAGACUCCCGAUCGGGUCUUCUUCCCUGUUUCAAACCCAUCUUCCUCCUCCCGAAUCCACCG